CAUCACACCAUCUUCACUCUACCAGACCAACUAUACCUUAUAUUGUCCCCAAUUUCUAUACAAGAUGCGUCUCAUUGCCGCCUUCACGGCCUUCCUGGCCCUCGCCUAUGCCGCACCCUCGGUGGACCUUGAAAAGACCUCCCUUGAUAAGAGACAGCAAGGUGAGAACUGCGUUGAGGUCUUCUUUCCUGAGAGUUGUGCCGACCGUGGCCUGGUUGAAUGUGAUGGAGCUGGAUCCAUCCGAAUUUGCUGCACACGCUGCUAUUAGUGGCUUUGCGCAAAGGUAACAAGAGAGAGGCUGGAGGAUAGCAACUUUGACAUGGAAUUUGCAAGGGCUGGGAAUAGUUUAAUUGAGAUUUGUAAUUAUUGCAGUACGGUUCAGUACGGUUCAAUGAAACUACAGCUGAUAUAC